UCGUUCACCAACCGAGUUCAGCCAGCCUUUGCUUCAUCAUCCAAAGGAAAAUCCCCAGAUAAGGCAUAUGGCUUUCAGAGAGGCGGGAGAAAAUAAGCAGCAAUAAUCAUUUCACAGGAGACUUUUUCAUCGUCAUGAUGCAAUCGAGAAGAUAUGGCCACUAUUGCAUUAGAGGAGUAUGUUUGGUUGUUUGAAGUGUUGAAUAGGCAGAGCUGUACAAGGCCCAUGCAUUGUAAGUGCCUUUGUGAAGCUGCUUGUUCAAAAGACAACUGUAUCUUUUCCAAGAUGAUUUCUGCCAGCUAGAUUCUGCUCUUACCUUAUGUGUCAUCUGUAGUACUUUGCCAGCUGCUUGAUGUGAAACUGACUCCAGCAUUUGCAGACCCUGAGGACAGUAUUACGUUGGGCAUGAAAACUGCUGAAUGUGUAGCACUUCCUGUGUAAUCAAUGCCAACAAGGAGGACACAAAAUGUUAUCAAGGAGAGUUGCUGCAUGAAAACAACGUUGCUUAACAAAACAGUCAAGGAGAUCACAUUUUUAAACCCACUGAGAAAUGCCACUGAGCAUGAAUAUUUUGCAGCCAAAUGUAUACAAGCCUACAGUCACAUUGAUGAAUGAUUGACACACUGAUUGAUAAAUUGUUACUUAAUUCAGCUUUAUGUGCAGUGGCCUCUUUUAAGCAUUUCUUACAUCACUAUUGCUUGGAGAUAUUUUCAUUAAAAGGGUUUUCCUGGCCUGUUGGAGUUCAUAACUGAAGGUGAUUCUGUUAAUAGUUACUCUUUAAUUCAGCUUUACAUCAUGGCUUUGAAUGUUGCUCCUGUACGAGACACAAAAUGGCUGACAUUAGAAGUGUGCAGGCAGUUUCAGAGAGGAACUUGUUCACGUUCUGAUGAGGAAUGUAAAUUUGCACAUCCACCCAAAAGCUGCCAAGUUGAAAAUGGAAGAGUUAUUGCCUGCUUCGAUUCUCUAAAGGGCCGCUGCACGCGGGAGAACUGCAAAUACCUUCAUCCGCCAACGCAUUUGAAAACCCAGCUAGAAAUUAAUGGUAGAAACAAUCUGAUCCAACAGAAAACGGCAGCAGCAAUGCUUGCACAGCAGAUGCAGUUCAUGUUCCCAGGAACACCCCUUCAGCCAAUGCCCUCAUUUCCUGUAGGGCCAACAAUAGGAUCCAACACAGCUCUAAGUUUUGCACCGUAUUUAGCACCUGUCACUCCUGGGGUUGGAUUAGUUCCUACAGAAAUUGUCCCCACACAACCUGUCAUUGUUCCAGGAAGCCCCCCUGUCACAGUCCCUGGGUCAACUACGACACAGAAACUCCUCAGGACAGAUAAACUAGAGGUUUGCAGGGAGUUCCAGCGAGGAAACUGUGCACGGGGCGAAACAGACUGCCGCUUUGCACAUCCUGCAGACAGCACAAUGAUUGAUACAAAUGACAACACCGUAACUGUUUGUAUGGAUUACAUAAAGGGGCGCUGCAUGAGGGAGAAAUGCAAAUAUUUUCACCCUCCUGCUCACUUGCAGGCCAAAAUCAAAGCUGCUCAGCACCAAGCCAACCAGGCUGCAGUGGCAGCUCAGGCCGCUGCUGCAGCUGCUACAGUGAUGACUCAGUCGACUGCCAAAGCAAUGAAGCGACCUCUCGAGGCAACUGUAGACCUGGCUUUUCCUCCUGGUGUACUUCAUCCUUUACCAAAGAGACAAGCACUUGAGAAAAGUAAUGGUGCCAGUGCUGUUUUUAAUCCCAGUUUCUUGCACUAUCAACAGGCUCUUGCUAGUGCACAGUUGCAACAACAUGCAGCCUUUAUUCCAACAGGGUCAGUUUUGUGCAUGACACCUGCUACCAGUAUUGUACCCAUGAUGCACAGCGCUACGUCCGCCACUGUCUCUGCAACAACAACUCCUGCAACAAGUGUCCCCUUCGCCGCAACAGCCACAGCCAAUCAGAUAAUCCUGAAAUAGUCAACCGGAUUGGAAUGGAAUGUCAAGAGGCCUCAUUGAGAACAGCAAAGCAUUGUUACUGUACAUACUACCCUGUCUCUUCCUCAAUAGAAUUGCCACAAACUGCAUGCUGAGUAAAGAGUUUGUUCGUCUGGACAAAUCACAAACACAAAGAGCUAGUGCUGCUAUAUCAUAUAUGAAUAUUAAAUAUGGUAUGCUUAGUAUACUCUAAACUAAUCUAGUUAACUACCUGGUGCCAGCUGUGAUGGUUCAAGACAUAAAAGGGUAACAUUUUAGUUUUAAAAGUUUUCUACAACACCGUUUACUUCUUAGAAAUACCGUAUUACCACCAUAAUUAUAGCUAAUGUAAUUAGUCCUAUUCAUAUAUAGGGUUCACAAAUUUAUGAAUCUUUCAAUGUUAGCAAUAAGUGAUGUACAUUGGCCACUAAACCCAGGGUCCAAAGAGCCACAUGAUUAGUUCCACAUGGACACGGUCACAUUGGAUGCUUAUUAGUCGAACAGCAACCCCACCUACUUUGCAUGAUGAAUUACUUUUUGAAAGGAUGGAGAGUUUCAAAAGUAGUUUGCGAUAAGGCAAAACAGUUUCUUGCUGAAAGGGUGGGAACUCAAAAUCAAAGUGGUGACUGUAAGACCAUGGGUACACCAUGGUAGGUCUUUGGAUCUUGGCCAAUACAUAUGAACUGCAGAUUUAACUUUUAACCCUUUGCCAAUUUUGUACUCUCUAAAAAAGCUCACUUCUCUACUGGGCAGUUGAUGCCAAGACAAAGGAGGUGAUGUGAAAGCAGAAACCGGUAUUCCUGCACAUCACCACCUGAAAGUUCCAAAUAGAGGAUCCAAGGUAAAGCACAAAUUGCAGAGAUGCGCAUGAGCUGAUUUUGGACAUGUAUGGAGAAGCUGUACCAGAAUCAUGGCAUUCUAGAAUUAAAUUAAACCUUUGCACGGUAUGACUUUCAUACCCUAAAGUCUUGACUAUGUUAUUUUACAAAGAGAGAGAGAAUAUUUUUUAAAAGAAGCCUUUGCAGAAGUGCCUAAAUUUUGCCACACCAGACUUGAAACUAAGUGACACUGCGGUCUAUAAUUGAAAAUACAGCAAGUGAUUAAACGUUCAGAUUUACAAUCAGGUUACCAAAAAGAACUUGCUAUGAAAUAACUUCUUCCCAAUUAAAGAAAUGGGGCUGUAGGUAAAGAUUAGCAUGAUAUUCUGAUUUAUCUCAAACUGAAUGCAGUCAUUGUUAAAACUGGUAAGUGACUUUAAUUUAAAUGAUGAGAAAAAUACUAAACAGGAUGUAGAGAGAGCUUCAUUUUAAUCCAUUGUUAUUGCUGCCGUAUUUUUAAAAUCAGGUUAAAGAAGUUGUAACCGGAUUACAGCACAGAGAAAGAAACUAGUUCUUUUAACUUUUUCUUUAAAAGCUUAUUUUAUGUCACAGAAAUAAGAAGAUAUCUUUAAUACAACUAUAUACAUAUUAUAUAUACACAUACAUAUAUAUGGACAAAACAGAUUUUAAUGUUUACUUUUUUAAAUACUGUGUUGAUUUACAAAGUAAUUAUAUACAUUUGAUUAAUGUAGGAGGUUUGUUUUUAAAUUUUGUUUCCUACACUAUUGUACCAAAUAUGUCACAUUUCACAUUUUAUAUGUUGCACAUAGAUCACAUAAGUACAUGGUUUUUAAAUUAUUGUUUAUAAAACAAAAAAGCAGCUGUCCUAUGGAAAUAUGUAUAAUUUAAACAUCUGGUUUUUUUCCAUGUGAACAUGAUAAAUGAUUGCAGUAUUUUAACUUAGCCUUUUCAGAUUGAUUUUAAAUUUUUUAGCUUUGGCAACACUGCCUAUUCUGAGAGAACAGAAGCACUAAUUGAUUUUUUGUUGUUAAUGGAAUUAUUUUUCAGUGUUAAUCUUGUUUUUCAAAUGUCUCAUCUGUUUAUAUUAAAACACUAGCAUUGAUCACCUAAAGGGGAGAACACUCUGCCCUCAAACUGAUGGUAAACAUAGUGUUUGUAAUCUUGCAUUUGUUUUAUUUUGUGAAGAGUAUGUAUCUUUUUUAUUUUUACUUGUAAAUUUUCUCAGUCACUAUAACUAGAUUGGUAACAUGGCCAUUUACUGACAUCUGUAGUUGUUGGCUCUUUUUUUAAACAACGAUCCAUUUUAAACAUUUGAUAGUUUAUUGGACAACACUAAAUGGCAAUUUAUAUAUGUUGUUUAAAUAUUUAAAGUGUAGAAAGAACAUUUUAGUGAAUAUAUUAUGUUUAAACAAUUAUUUUAUUAGAAUCACACCAAUAUUAUUUUCUAUCCAUUAAGGAUCAAAUUUUCAUUACCUUACCUGAGUUUUCCUCCUGAAAAAAAGAAGAGAACAUAUUUUUAAAAAAGAGAGUUCUGCUGUACUGGCAUAUGAGUUCUGUUCCUACAUGUUAAAGAUAUUUAUGUGAACCCUUAAGCUAUUUGUUCCAGAGUAGUUCUGUUGAUUUUAAUGGGGCUAAGCUGGAAUAAGUGAUUUGAGUAUCACAGUAUAAGAGCAUGAGUCACAGAGGUUGUACAGGCAGAGAAAGCCAUACCUGCAGAAAGGAAAACCACACAGGCCACUCUUGAAUGUAGUCGCCCUGGCUGAAACCAUUACCUGCUUUCUUACAGCUUACCAAUAACACGUCAACCCACUAAUUUCUGCACCUUUACUUUAUUUUGCUCCUGCUUCUCUGUUUGCAGGCCUUAUCAGCCCUUCUUCGCUCCACUACUGAAUUACCUUUAUUUGUGCUCCAGUCAGCUCCCUGCUCUCCUUCCUUCUUUCCUGUCCUGCCCUGAUAUUCUUCUCUUCAAACAGGGUGUAUAGGAGUAGGUACCUGGAUCUGUAUCUUGAUUUCAGCCCUUUGGGCACCUGAAUCAAACGUCGCUUCCUCUUUUUGGUUUCUUGCUUGCCUGACUUGGCUGUUCUGGCUUCUUUCUUUGGCUUGAAUCUCAAACCAGAUUCUUUGUUUUUACCAGAAUGUAUCUAUCUGUCGAACUAACAGUGUGAACCUGCAUGCCAGUUCUAAGUUGCACCUGCAAAGACAGUCUGCCCCUUUUCAGUUCAGUGAGGCUGUCUAGAGCAGAGGUCUUGCAAAUAUAGUCUUGCGCCUAUUUGUCUUCGGAUAGCAUUUUCUUGAGAAAAGCAAAGUCACACUACCCAGCCCUUGCUCCCUUCUCACUCUGUCCAUGCUCGGCUGCACUUUGUUUAAUCUCUGUGCCUCUUGCUUCAAAUCUGUAAUAAUAUUGAUUAAUCAAUUAGCAUAAAUAUAAAAAUAUUAAGUACAUGCAUUUUUAUUUAUUAUAGAGUAAUUUUGUAGAGUACAUUGAAUUUGGAAAAAUCUAAAACUAUUUUUCUGUAUAAAUAUUAUUUGCCAAACUUCAUUUAUAUUUUGGAAAAAGAAUGUCUUAUGAUGGUAAAUGGACCUUAUAUUGGUUUUAUUUUUAUUUUUAAAUAACCCCCUUGACUCAACCAUGAAAUGGGCCAAUAUAGUCAGCAAGUACAGACGCUGGGACAUAAUUCCAAGUUACUUGAGAUGUCUCUGUAUUUUCUAUAAGAGCACUUCACCAAAAUACCUUAAUUUGCCCAUACAAAAUGAUCAGUGGCGACAUUUACACUGCAUACUUUCGCUAACAGUUAAGUAAACCCCUUCUAUUCUAUGUACUGUAACUAUUUAGCAGCCUGUUUAAAUACCCAUUUAUGAGUUUGUUGAGAUAUUAUUUAAUUACCCAAUGUGCAACCAUGGAAAUAAAAAAAAAGCAUCUUAAAACGA